AUGAUACCAGCAACAUCGGAUAGAACCAUUGAUUCUAGUGCUGAUAUGCAACAAACAAAUCUUAGUAUUCGGAAAUCAUCGAGAAGUCGUCAUCGUCGAGAAAAACAACCACAUAUUAUUAUUGAUAUAGCUACACCAACACUUUCUCAAUCACCUACUGCACAACAUCAGCGUGCUAUACUUGUUGAAGCAAGUUCAACCAUAUUUGGGAAUGAAUGUCUUCGACUGGUGAAUAUUGUUUUUCAAACAAGUCAAACAUUUCCAUCCAUAAUGGGUACAUGUAAUAAUAUAUGUCAAUAUUUGCGAAAAGAACUUUUUAGAAAAUAUCCUGGUGAAUAUUUUCAUAUAAUUAUUGGUCAAAAUAAUGCAUUCGGUUUUGCUAUUGAUGAUGACGAUUAUUUUGCUGAAAUGGAACAAGAACAAUACCGUGAACGAGAUAUUAUGAGUUUAGCAAUACCAAAACUCUCUCAAUUGUAUAUUCAACGACAUGAAAAUGCCAAACUUAUCAACUCAAGUACAAUCACCUUUGGCAAUGAAUGUAUGCGACUUGUUAAUAUUGCCUUUCACUCAAGUCAGAUAUUUCCUUCAAUUAUGGGUACCUGUCAUGAUGUCAGUCAAUACUUACGAAAACAACUUCUUCGACGACAUUCUAAGAAACAUUUUCACAUAAUUAUUGGUGAAAAUGAUGGAUUCAGUUUUGCAAUUAGUGACUUCGGUCAUUUUGCUGACAUCGAACAAGGACAAUAUCGUGUAUUGAUCUUCUCAACAAAAUCACACGACACCAUAAAAUUUGAUUCACAUGAUGCUAAUAAUCAAAUGAAAUUACAUUGGAAGUCAGUUUUAAUCAAACGAAUAGAUAAUUAUUAA